GUCCGCAUUUAGAAACUCCCUCGCACGCAGAUGUUGCCUGAUGUUGCCUUGUUUUUGAAAACCGCGUCUACCGCGAGGGGGAAAAACGCACCGCUAAAUGUGGAACGUUAUUCGUCUCUUCCAACACGUUGAGUCGGACGAGUCUUUUGCGGUGUGCCAGUGUGCCGUGUGACAGUGUUCCCAAAGCCUAGAUCGUUUCUCACAAUGUGUCUGCUGUUCAUCUACACGAACCCCGACGCCGAGGGCGACGGCUACAGUCUCGUGCUGGUGAACGUGAGGGACGAGUUUUUCCACCGUCCCACCAAACCGGCUGAUUUCUGGGAGAAUGCGCCUCACAUCAUCGGAGGACGAGACCAGGAGAAAGGGCGAGAAGGCGGCACCUGGCUAGCAGUCUCCAAGACCGGCCGCAUAGCUGCACUUCUCAACAUCCUCCAGAGGUCAAACAUCAUAGACGCCACCAAGAAGGGCCGAGGUUUUCUCGUGGUUGACUUUGUGCAGUCAUCACAAGAUGGCGAGACCUACCUCAACAAGUUGAUGCAAGAGAGGAAUGACUACAAUGGAUUCCUUCUGAUCACAGUAGAAACAAAACCACUUAAAAAAAAGUGCUUUCUAAAUUACUACUCCAAUCUUCAAGAGGGUGCACCUACCCACCUAGACCCAG